CGAACGUAUGAAAUAAACAGUUGAAAUCCACUCCGGCUGUUGAGGGAGCAUUGAAGGCGCUUUUGGUUAUUCUAGGUAAAAAUUUUCACGAAAGCACAGUUUGCUUUUUCAAUAUAAUGGAAAACAGCGUUAAUGUAUCAGAGAGAACGAAACGACUUUCCACUCGAAAGGGAACAAGGAAAUUUACACAAUUAAAAAAAAGCAACCAAGAGAAUAUGGUAAAAAAGAAUGUACCUAAUAAGGGUGACAAGCGCAGUUUAUCUCAAAUAUCACCUGGAAAAUCAACAGCUUCUAGGAAGCGUACUGCGUUUGGUGAUAUUACAAAUGCUAUUCAAUCUCACUCAGAAAGGAUAGCAUUGGGAAGAAAGAAGUCUCUAAAGUCACAAAAUAAGCCACCAGUUAUAUCACUAGCAAAAACAAGAAGUAGGAGAUCUGUGACAAAUUUAAGUAAAAGUCCUGAAAACAAGGUUGAAGUUACAGACCAUGUCUUAGAAGACGUUCUUUGUACUGAACUUAUUAGUUGUGCUAAGAAGACUGAAAGUGUUAGCAGCAUAUUGGAAACCAGUGCCAGCGACACUUCAAUGGCAUCAGAACUUAAUAAAAGUAAAUCACGCCCUGUGCCUACCCUUCCAGCAUCUUUCCUUGUCAGUGAAAAUGAACAGCCAAUUGAUGAAAAUAUGAAGAGAGAUGCUGUGGCAACCCCUGGAUUAAAACCUUUUGACAUUGAUAUAGAUCCUAAUGUAGUCUCUGAAUACGCAGAAAGUGUCUUUAUAAAUAUGAAGAGAAGAGAAAGAAAAUUUAAAGUUAAAAAUUACCCUACACAAAGCAAUGCUCAAACAACAGGACCAAUGAGAGCUAUACUGGUUGAUUGGCUUGUUGAAGUACAAGAAAAUUUUGAAUUAUAUCAUGAAACACUUUACUUAGCAGUCAAAUUAACAGACAAUUAUUUGCAGAGUAAUUCAACUCCAAAGGAACUAUUACAGCUCGUUGGUGCAACAUCUCUUUUGAUAGCUUGCAAAAUAGAAGAACGCCAUCCACCUCCACUUGAUGAUUUCCAGUUUAUUUGUGACGAUGCUUAUACACAUAAGCAGUUCGUUCAGAUGGAAUUAAAAAUUUUAAAAGCACUUGAUUUUGAUAUAAACAUUCCAAUAUCCUACAGAUUUUUAAGGAGAUUUGCCAGGGUCACGUCAAUGAGUAUGCAGGUGCUUACUCUAUCCAGAUAUAUUCUUGAACUAUCCUUGCACGAGGCACAGUUUGUCAGCAGUUGCUCUUCAAAAAUAGCUGCAGCCUGCUUGUGCUUGGCUUUAAAAAUGAGAGAUGAAUGUGAAUGGGAUGUGAACUUUUCAUAUCACACAGGAUAUUCAGAAGAAGAGCUAACAAACCUGAUCAUAGCGUUGAAUGCUAUGGUUUCUGAAGCAUCCAAAAGUAAAUUACAAACUGUUCGAACCAAAUAUUCUCAUCCUAUUUUUUACGAAGUGGCAAAAAUACCUGCUGUUGACCCACUGUUGCUAUAGUACACCUUUUUACUUUUUGCACUAUUUGGUGACCGACAAGCAAUCUUCAUUUAAGAAGUUUCCAUAGAUUUGUAUAUUUGUAUAUAAGAGAUGAAUGUAAUAUCUUUUUACUUUUAAAUUUUACUUUGGAGUGCAGAAGAAAUUAAAUAAUUUUUCUGCAGCACAUGAUACAGGUAGAAAUUCGGUUGCGUGAUAAAUCUUUCUGUUCACUUCCCUAAAUUACAAUUUCGUAUUUAUUUUUUAUUUUUGACUUUGUUUUAAAUCACAAAGUAUUUUUAUUUGGGUGUUUUUACUUCAGUAUAUCUUCUACUUUCAACAGCAUAUGUGUGUCAUCUUUUUAUCUAUUUUACGCCUAGAUUUUAUUGGACAGUAUUUUUUAUGAGGAUAGAAUUUUAUCCGAAAUAUUUAACUGUAUAUGUAAUUACAAUAACAAAUUAAUUUU